CUCAGCCCUUCCCGCCCGCCUGGCUCCUCCCAAGAUGGCGGCGGCGCCGCCCCGCGCGGGCGGUGUCCCGGAGCCCGGCCCCGGCGGCUGCAUGACCGCGGCGGUGCGGGGAGAGCGCGGCGGGGCCGGGCGGCGGCGGCGGCUGCAGCCGGAGCGGAGCCGGGAUACUUGUGAAAGAUGGUGGAUCGCUUGGCAAACAGCGAGGCAAACACUAGAAGAAUAAGUAUUGUGGAGAACUGCUUUGGGGCAGCUGGCCAGCCUCUGACUAUCCCUGGUCGCGUCCUGAUUGGAGAGGGAGUCUUAACGAAGCUGUGUAGGAAGAAGCCCAAAGCGAGGCAGUUCUUCCUGUUCAAUGACAUUCUUGUUUACGGUAACAUCGUCAUCCAGAAGAAGAAAUACAAUAAGCAGCACAUAAUCCCGUUGGAAAACGUCACUAUUGACUCCAUCCAGGACGAAGGAGACUUGCGGAAUGGGUGGCUUAUCAAGACACCAACCAAGUCUUUCGCAGUUUAUGCUGCCACCGCUACGGAGAAGUCCGAGUGGAUGAACCACAUAAACAAGUGCGUUUCUGAUUUGCUUUCCAAGAGCGGGAAGACUCCUAGUAACGAACAUGCCGCUGUCUGGGUGCCAGACUCGGAAGCCACCGUCUGCAUGCGCUGUCAGAAAGCAAAAUUUACGCCCGUCAACCGGCGUCACCACUGUCGCAAGUGCGGCUUCGUUGUGUGUGGGCCUUGCUCUGAAAAGAGAUUUCUUCUCCCAAGCCAGUCUUCCAAGCCUGUGCGGAUUUGCGACUUCUGCUACGAUCUUCUUUCUACUGGGGAGAUGACUGCUUGUCAGUCGACUAGGUCAGACUCCUACAGCCAGUCGCCUAAAUCUUCUUUAAAUGAUGCAUCUGAUGAUGAUGAUGAUGAAGACAGUAGCGAUUAAGGACCAAACGUUUUUUUCCGUGUGUUGCAAUUUUGUGUUUCAGACCAUAUGGAGCUGCUUUUGGGGAAGCCUAUAGUUAGGUUCCCCAGAAAAAUCCUGUUCUAGCCAUAAAAUAUGCCUGAAUAUCUUCAACUGCGAUGUGCCUCAAUCUAUGAACUCUCUAGACAAUAGGUUUUUCACUCCUCUGCAGGGAUAGACUUGCAAUCAGAUCAUUUUCCAGCCUCUCAUACUUGAGUUAUGUCUAGGUUAGACUUAAUGGAAGAUUGGAAAGUUAAAAAUACUUUAAGUUAACAACCUGUACUUCCUAAUGUUUCCUAUUGGUAUGUUGUUACGUGAGUGUUUUGGGUAUGGGGAGGAAAAUGGUAAGCAUGCACAGAACAGUGAUGUUUUGGUUAAUCCCGUAGACCAUCCGUGGUGUAUGAAGAGUUGAAAUGUGACGUAAGUACAAACCUGAAUGUCACCACGCUUGGAAAUUGUCUUGUUUUGCUCUUAUUUAUGACUUCCUAUACCAAGCAGUGCCUUGUAACACUUUUGCUGAUUCAGGAAGAAUGGAAACCUAUUCCGUGUUGUCUGUAUUCACCUGAUGCUGGUAUCUGAGAGAUCGUUGGUGCUAUUGAAAAUAACUGCUGUGUUCAAAGUGGAGCUUUCAACAGGUCACAGCUGCGUACCCACCGUGGGUGACAGAGGCCUGGAUCACACGUCCUCACCCGUCCAGGCAGACCCGAAGACGCUGCAGAUGCCCCCGGCCUUCGGUGGGGUUCUCUCCGGAGGGACCCCAUUGUGGUUGGGGCCUGGAGAUGAGAAGCUGAGGGUGACUUUUCACAGGGAUAUCUGUGUUUUCUUUUCAGAGCAGUUUAAAAUUUGGCAAAUGCAUACAGAGAUUUUAGUGGGGUGAUUUAGCAUUUUGCUGUGAUAGCUUAUAUAUUUUUGGAGAUACUUCCCAAACGCAACACUAACUAGUUUCUUAAAACAUGGGUGAGAGUUCUUUCACUUUUUUUUUUCUUCACAAGUUUUAUUGGCUGGCUUAAAAAUAACCUCAAAUUUUGAACAAACAAGCCUGCAAAUAUCUGUAUAAAAUUGGCUGUCCUUUUUACACAGCUGACCUCAGGAUAAAUGUGAGAUGCAAGUUAUUUCAUUCUAAAUGUGUACCCAGGACCAAGAAAGAUAUAUUUGAGAACUAUAAUAGUGCAGAAAAUGUCUCUACCAUAGUACUCAUUUUUACUCUUAGCAAGUUCUUGAAUACCGAAAUGUCAUGUUCUUAUAUAAAUGUAAAAGUUAGACUUGCAAAGAUGUGCUAAGCCCCCCAAAUGCUAUGUUUUUUUAUAUUUUUAUAAUGGUAGCGUCAAUUUUGAAGGGGAAAAAAAUCUCUCUGAAAUAGCUGUAUGGAUAUAGUAGCAACUGACUUUAUACAAAAAAAAUAAAUUGUUAAACUUUGAUAUAUCUGCAAGUGACAAUUUCUGCACUGUUCGCCUUGGAUGGCGAUAAUUGGGAUAAAUAUUUAUUGAAUAAACAAUCAAUGCUGCAUAUUGCACUAGUCUCCCAUUCUGUACACUGUAAAUGUCAGUCAUUUAAAAGAAAUAAAAUAGCCGAGCACUUCAAAGCCGUAGCACUCAGAUUUCUAGGAGCUAAAGAUGCACUUAGCAUCUUUAGGGAGGCACUCUGCGUUAAUAGUCUGCAAUACGUUGCUUCAGGUGAAAGUCACCGUAAUAUUUUUAGCUUGGGCAGUUUCUCAAAAUAACUCUUUUAAAAAGCACUGAAGAGUAUUUGAUCUGCUUUGAAAUAAACAUCAAAAAGGGGGAGGGAAAAUGCUUUCUGUUAGAGACUAGGGACCAGGAAGAUUCUGUAAAAUUACCCGAUAAGCAAUACACAGCUGUACAUACUCAAAGCCUAGCUGAAAUAGGUAAUUACGUGUGCUCAUUCCUUGAAAGACAGGGGGAUGAUGACCUGCAGAAGGGGAAAAUGGGCUAUUCUGAGAAAAUGCUUUCAAUUAAUAGUGAUUAUUUGUUGUACCUCUCUUGCUCAAAACAUUUAAGUUUCAGGAAUGGAGACUUGUCAGCUUCAGUUUCUGUACAGAAUCGAAACGUGAACUUCCCUUGUACAUACGUUCUAACAAAAAAGUUCUUCCCGAUUCAAUUGCUUUCCUUUCUUACACUGUCAAAUACUAACUUGUUAAAGGUUCCAUCUUUUUUGUGUAUUUUUCCCAGUGUUUCUCUACGCUGUGCUUUUUCCAGCACUUUUUGGGGGACAGGAGUUGGAUCACGUCCUGUAUUUUGCAGAAUAUUCUUGUACCUGUUUCAAAUAUCUUUUUUUUAUCUGUGAAUGGAACUUGCACUGUGCCGCACUGAUCCCUGAAGCUGUAACCAAACCAAUGUUGAGUGUGUGUGUAUGGGGGGAUUUUUCAUUUGAAACUGAUGUGUGUGGUCCAAGCUUUUGGAGAAAGUAUUAAAAAAGCCGUGUUCUAUGGUAAUACUCAUAUCCCUCAGCGGUAUUUGCUUAAAACUUUACAAGUUUUACAACAGACGUAACGUUAACUUCUCUUGUACUUACAAACUCAUGAAAGGGCUCACUUCGUACUUUGUAAUCUUGUUCUGUCAAAUUAUUUUAUUUACAAAUAUAUGGUGUAGCUUCAA